AUGCGCAUUAUGCCACCCCGGAACAUCAGCAACAAACCGAACGAAACCCCGCUGUCGGUCUUCCUCUGGGGAGGGAAGGACAAAUUUGAAGCCCGAAAGCAGCUCCUAGAGGCCCUUACCACUAACCCCAUCUUCUCGAAGCGCGCGGUUACUGUCCCGUCCCUUUCAAGAAAGGAUGCCUGGGUGAGAGCCGUGCAUCAGGCCCGUGAGCUGAUCGCGCUGAAGCAGAAGGAAAAAUGGAGCCAUGAGCAGUUUAGACAAGCUGUGGUCAUGUUGGAUUAUUUCCUGCCUGUGCAGCCACAGUUCAGAAUAUUCCUGUCCAACAUGGAAAGGCAGAUGAGCGAUGAGCAGAAGGCGAUUUGGAUGCCCAAGGCCGAGAGACUUGAGAUAUUCGGCUCCUAUGCGCAGACGGAACUAGGCCAUGGUUCGAAUGUCCGUGGCAUUGAGACUACGGCGACGUUUGACCGCGACGCAGACGAAUUCGUCAUCAAUUCCCCAACCCUGAGCAGCACCAAAUACUGGAUUGGAGCCACCGGUAUCUGGGCGACUCAUUCUCUCGUUGUCGCGCGUUUGAUAAUCCACGCCAAAGACUACGGAAAUCAUCUGUUUCUCAUCCAGUUGCGGGACCUUGAUACUCAGGAGCUGAUGCCUGGCGUGGAAAUCUACGAACUUGGUCCCAAGGCUUUCCAGGGAAUGGUGGGUGUGGAUAACGGCGCCAUGCAGUUCCACAAUGUCAGAAUUCCCCGGUCUCAGAUGCUGGCGCGGAAUGCGCAGGUGCUAAGGGAUGGAACCUACGUGCCACCCAAAAACACGAAACAUUCAUACGGAUCGAUGGUCACGGUUCGUGCAAUUAUGGUUGAGGCUACAGGUUAUGAGUUGCUUAAAGCUGUUUCGGUAGCGUAUCACUAUACCACCUUUAGGAAGCAAUUCUGGAGGAAAGGGCAGGAGGAAGAAACAACCGUCUUCGACUAUGCCAGUGUAAAGUACAGGCUUUUGCCGCUUUUGGCGCAGGGCACUGCUCUCGUUUUAGUGGGCCAAAAUAUCAAGCAGGCCUUUGAUGAAUACAGCAAGCUGGUCAUUAACACCGGCGAUUUCUCGCAGCUAGAAGAUCUCCACCUUCAGACCGUCGGUGCCAAAGUCUACUCCACGGACAUUACUGCACGAGGGGUUGAGACUUGCAGAAUCGCUUGCGGUGGACAUGGCUACAGCGCUCUGUCCGGAUUCGGUCGCAUGUAUGCCCAUACUGUCAACGCGGUUACCUAUGAAGGAGACAAUUACGUUAUCUCUCAACAGGUGCCACGUGCUAUACUGAAACAUUACAAUGGGAGAACCGAGAGUACCGUCCCAAGCCUUUCCUAUUUGAGUUUUAUACGGAACCCUGAUGCCGCAGGUAUACUCACCGCGGCAUCAGAAUCCGACUGGUUUAAGCUAGAGAAUCAGCAGUGGGUUCUCGAACGCCGGCUAGCUACAUUAGUCAGGGCGCAUCUAGAUGCUACUGUCUGUGGGAAAGACACCAGCUUCACUGUCCAUGAGCUCACUAUGGCGCAUUGCGAUUUUGUAUACUGGCGCGGUUUUUGGGAUGUCGUUCGUAAAACUGUCGGGUCUGAAUUCUAUGGCCCAUUGGAGGCCCUGGCUCAUGUGUUCUCCCUCUCCAUCCUCCAAACCGCCUACAAAGAUGUCUACUCACCGCACUCUCUUACCGAGCAUCAACGAAAAACCCUUGUAUCCGCUUACGACCAGGCUAUCGAAACUCUCGCAGAGCAUUCAAAGUCCAUCAUAGAGGCAUAUGGCUUUACGGACUUUGAAAUGGAUAGUGCCCUGGCCAGACCGGAUAUGGAUCCGUACGAGGCGCUUUGGCAGGGCGCAAGGCAGAGCGAGAUGAAUAAUUUCAGAGAGAUUUGGCCUUUGAUAGUUGAUGCGAGGAAGAUAUGGAGGCGACUCGAAGAAGAGAAAGCAAAACUAAUACACGCUCCCACUGGAAAAUAUUGUCCUUUACGACUGCGACCCUGGAAAGACUGUGCCGUCAGGCAACAAGAGAUCUAUGACUCUGUCCGUCGAUAUCUGCAGCCGGCAGGAAGAGAGGCGCCGCGGUUGUUUGUGUCCCUUCAUGUGCUAGAAGAACAUGCGCGGCGGUUCACACGUCGACUAAUCAGUUGUGAAAGGGAUAUUGAGCAUUAUGAGCGGAUGGCUGUGGAGGACCACGUGCAUGAUAUUAUUUUAGCAUUAUGCAAGAUUCCUCAAGCCCGGGAAGAAUUUUGUCUCGGUGAUGGAGUACAGUUUGAAGAUCACGCCAAUUCACUGGAUGAGGUUGAGGAUGAAUCAGAGGCUGAUCCGUGGCUUUCCCGACCUGAUCAGUCCUGCAUCCACCGAGUCGAUGGCGAUACCAAGAGCUUGCUCACCACUAUGGAGUACAAACCCCCCCAUAAACUGUCCUUGGAGAAUCUUCGCUCCGGGCUCCGACCGAUUGAUUUCUAUCAUGAGAUCGUUGAAUCGAACAUCAUUCCUACCGGCGGCCCGGAGAAAUUAAGAUACAAUGCCACGCGGCUUGCUGGAUCGGCUAUUGUGCAGGAAUACCAUGUGAUGAUCCAAGAAGGGCUCGAGUACUCAUAUUUGAGCACAGGGCUGGCAAAUGUGCAACUGCACGUCCCCUUUGAUGACCCGGCCACCCUUUAUUACGACCUAGGUGCGCCUAACUUAGACGUCGAUGCGGAUACAGGGGGCUCUGGGGGGCCUUAA